UUCAGACGACUCUCUGAGAGAAAAGAAGGCUGAUAUUUUCAACUGCAAAAUUCUUCUACGAGAUUGUUCUACUUCUACAGCCAUUCAAACGUUUUAGGACCAGAAUUCAUGCUAAUAAUUUGUUAAAAGAAACGCAGGUAUUUGCAGACAGUUUAAACGGUAAAACGGUUUAACUUUUAGAAGAACUUAAUUUGCAUUUUGAACGGUUUUUCAUCAAAAACUUAUAGAAGAACAAUAAAAUGGCACCAGGAAAAGCACCAGCGAUUGGAAUUGACUUGGGUACUACCUAUUCUUGUGUUGGGGUCUUUCAGAAUGGUAAGGUGGAGAUCAUUGCUAACGACCAAGGAAACCGGACCACACCCAGUUAUGUUGCCUUCACAGAUACAGAAAGAUUGAUCGGUGAUGCUGCCAAGAACCAGGUGGCAAUGAAUCCCAAGAACACAAUCUUUGAUGCCAAACGUCUUAUUGGGAGGAGAUUCACAGAUGACAACGUGCAAUCAGACAUGAAGCACUGGCCUUUCACCGUCAUCAAUAAAGGAGGCAAGCCGGUGCUACAGGCAGAGUACAUAGGAGAAAAGAAGACAAUGGCACCAGAGGAAAUCAGCUCCAUGGUCUUGACCAAGAUGAAGGAGACAGCUGAGGCUUAUCUUGGCCAGCAGAUCACCGAUGCCGUCGUCACUGUUCCCGCUUACUUCAACGAUGCACAGCGACAGGCGACGAAGGACGCAGGUGUGAUCGCAGGGCUCAACGUCCUCAGAAUCAUCAACGAGCCCACCGCUGCCGCCCUAGCUUACGGACUCGAUAAGAAGCUGAAGGGGGAGCAACAUGUCCUCAUCUUCGAUCUCGGUGGUGGUACGUUCGAUGUCUCGAUCCUGGCCAUCGAUGAUGGGAUGUUUGAAGUGAAGUCGACAGCCGGUGACACUCAUCUCGGAGGAGAAGACUUUGAUAACAGACUAGUCCAUCAUCUUGCUGAGGAGUUCAAGCGAAAGCAUAAGAAAGAUAUGAGGUCCAACCCAAGAUCGCUUCGUCGCCUCCGCACAGCAGCGGAGCGAGCAAAGAGAACACUGUCAAGCAGUGCUUCAGCAAACAUCGAAGUUGACUCACUCCACGAAGGCAUCGACUUCUACACCAGUGUCAGCAGAGCACGCUUCGAGGAGCUGUGUUCAGAUCUCUUCAGAAAGUGUUUGCAGCCAGUAGAAAGGGCCAUCAUUGAUGCUAAGAUCGACAAGAACAGGAUUGACACCGUGGUACUUGUCGGUGGAUCAACACGAAUCCCGAAGGUCCAGAAGCUUCUCCAGGAAUACCUCAACGGCAAGGAUCUCAACAAGUCUAUCAAUCCUGAUGAAGCUGUUGCCUAUGGGGCUGCUGUCCAAGCUGCCAUCCUCUCUGGCGACCAGAGCGAAGAAAUCAAAGAUGUUCUUCUCGUCGAUGUGGCUCCCCUCUCUCUUGGAAUUGAGACAGCAGGAGGUGUGAUGACAAAGCUCAUUGAGAGGAACACAAGAAUCCCAACAAAGGCAACCCAGACAUUCACAACCUACUCUGACAACCAGGCAGCAGUCACCAUUCAAGUACUCGAAGGAGAAAGAGCUAUGACCAAAGACAAUAAUCGACUUGGCCAGUUUGAGUUAUCCGGUAUCCCUCCUGCACCUCGGGGCGUCCCUAAGAUCGAAGUCUCUUUCGACAUCGACGCCAACGGCAUCAUGAACGUCACUGCCAAGGACGAGAGCACGGGUCGUAGCAACAAGAUCACCAUCACCAACGACAGCGGAAGGAUAUCUAAAGAAGACAUUGAUCGCAUGAUCAACGAUGCCGAAAGAUUCAAGGCCGAAGAUGAUGCUCAGCGGGAACGCAUCGCCGUCAGGAACCAACUCGAGAGCUAUGCCUUCAACAUCAAGUCCGCAAUCAAUGACGCAUCGGUAGAGAGCAAGCUUAGCUCCAGCGACAAGGAAGUCGUAACAAAAUCAGUAGAUGACGUCAUUACUUGGAUGGAUAACAACUCUUUGGCAAACAAGGAAGAAUUCUCGUUCAAGUUGGAAGAGUUGCAGAAGACAUGCUCUCCUAUCAUGGCUAAAUUACACGCUGGUAGUAGCCCAGGUCACCCGGGACCACAAGCCAACUCAUCUUCAGCAGGCAGUGGAGGGCCAACCGUUGAGGAGAUGGAUUAAAUUCCAGCCAUCGUCAUCAUACAGUGUAGGUGUUGUAGUCUAGUAGAUAAGACACCCGACCGCAGAAUACAAGGUACGGGGUUCAAAUGCCAACCCGGCACUAACGUCCUAUGGCAAGUCGAUAAUCUACAUUUGCCAUAUCCACCCAUGUGCUAAUGGGCACCAAGUAGGAUGUGAAAGUUAAUGUACAUUAUAUGAGCGACAGUGUAGUUUGCUCAGCAUUUUGAGCGUCUAUAAAAUGGCGCCUGGCUGGAAUAAUCCCCGUGGAGUAGAGAUUGUGCCUACAUUGUGUGCGGGCAAGCCUGAAUUAGAUGACCGGGGUAAUAAUAUAUUUGUAAAGCGCUUAGAGACAUUGCCAGUGUAAAGCGCUAUAUAAAAGCGAUG